CAGGAGGUAGGAGCAUCCUAUGUUUUAGAGAUCAGGAAUCUUUAUCAUUAUAUUUACAAUACAUUUUAUGGUCAUAAAAGCAGCAACACACAGGAAGGAUAAAAAUAACAGGUAAUUAUUAACAAAAAACAAAAUAGGAUAGGAAUUUAUAGGAUGUUGCUAAUUUCCAUUGAAGGAAUUGACAUUGUUCAGCAGUACUGUUCAAAGAGGCACAUCAACAUUGUACAUGUUACAAUGCCUUUUCUAUAAAGAUAACACAAUUUGAAUGUCCCCUAUUGAGAUUGAAAUCAAUAGCAUAAGAGUGGCGUUUAUACCCUAACUUAUAUGCAGGGUAUUACAGAAAAGUAAAUAAACGUCAUGAAGAAUUUGGUCCUUUAUUUAUUUUGUUACGAUUGAUCCAAAUAGAAAAAGUCAUGCAGGGUACUUUAUGACAAUAGUAAAGCAAACAGGUAGGAACUGAUGUUUCCAUCGUAUUGUAGCACGGUGACUUUAUAGGUAGCACACACAUCUCUCCUCUUGACCAAUGGGCGAGUGGUAGUUGCACGCAGGCGCAGUGGGACGCCGUGGUCCACAUGACCUCUCCCAGUCACAACAAUGUGGAGCGUGUGUCUGCUGAGGAGAAGUUUCCACUCGAGUCUGAGGCUCAUGAAGCAGCAGAAAGGUAGAAGCGCGGCCGAGCAGCGCUGGAUGACCCGGCAGCUCAAAGACCCGUAUGUCAAAGCCUCUCACAAGCUGAACUUCCGCUGCAGAAGCGCCUUCAAGCUGCUGGAGAUGGACGACAAGUUCCGGCUGCUGCAGCCCGGAGACUCCGUGGUGGACUGCGGGGCUGCGCCCGGAGCCUGGAGCCAGGUGGUCGUCCAGAGGGUCAACUCAGACGGGACAGAUCCAGAGUUACCUUGUGGUACCGUUAUCGGUAUUGACCUGAUCAACAUACCUUCUCUGGACGGUGCACACUUCCUGUCCAGUCACGAUGUCACGGAGCCCUCCACACACAACAAGCUGCAGGAGCUGCUCCCCAGGGGCCGAGCCCACGUCAUCCUGAGCGACAUGGCGCCAAACGCCUGUGGUUUCCGAGAGAUGGACCACGAGAGACUCAUCAUGAUUUGUUUGUCUCUGACAGACUUGGCUGAGAAGAUCCUCCAGCCGGGGGGCUCUCUGCUUUGUAAAUACUGGGACGGGAUCCUCGCUCAAAGACUUCAAGACAAGCUCCUGAGUGUGUUUGGGAGCGUUCGGUCUUUAAAGCCAAACGCCAGCAGAAAGGACUCGGCUGAGAGAUAUUUCCUCGCUAGGAUGUACAGAAAGCCAGUGAAGUGAGGACAUCUGUCUUUUUUUUCCUUUUGAACUCAAACAUCUGGUCAAUGUAUAUGUUCUGUUGAGUUUCACCGAAGUGCCCACUGUGUUUUCUGAACGAGGAGAAGCACUUCAUAGCUAUGAUCAAAAGGUGGCACUGUUGAGGCAUCAGUGAGGCUCUCUGCUGCCUCACUUGCUCCUGGUGCUGAUUUUUACCACAGCAAACUUAACACAGUAGCAUCAGUGAAUCAGUAAUAUGGGAACCUAUGCAAGAAUCAUCAGUUUGAUCAUCCUCGAGAGCCCAAUGCUGCAGUUUCUCUGAAGUUUAUUGUUUGCCCCACAGUGUUCGCUCUGCACACUGGCUUUGCUGUUUGCUCUGUUCCAGAAAGUCAUUUGCAGGAAGUGCCUGUGCUGCCAGCCGUGUAGAAAUAUGUAAUCGUUCUCUCAUUGAGAGUUUAUGAAGGGAAUACUUAAUGCAUCAGAGUCACAUACAGUGUGAUUAAUGGGGAGUGGGGUGAUGCCGCAGCUUGGCACGCUGCAAGCGUCGUUGAGCCCCCACAGAGAGGAUGGGGCCAGUUCCUCAAAAACAUGUUAAGGCUAGUCAAGAGAUCCUCUUAUAAGAUUCUUCUUUAAAUCACUGCACUGACCAUAAAACUAUUUAUUUAAUUUAUUCCUGAGUUCAUAACCACUGGGGAUAAAUAACAAAUUAUGAUUAACCCUAACCCAUUUUAAAAGUCUUAUUUUUGAUGUCAAAUUAAAGUUUAUGGAGAUUUAAAAUAAAGACCUUGCUGAUAUAACACUGUU